AUCAGAUACGGCCAUCCGCUAGGGCUUACACGAACUAAAGCAUCACAAGUAAUUUACCAUUACCCAAAACCGUCACCGAACCUACUCUCUCCGUUCCCCUCUGGUCCUUUCUCUCGAGCUGCUCUCAUGGCGGUCGUCCCCCCUUCCUCCCCCGAAAACCUGGAACCAAAAUCCGACAAAUCCGAGCCCAAAAACCCCCAAUCCGCUCCCCAAGAUCCUUUCUCUGUUCCCCCUCCGUCCACCACUGUGGCAUCCGCCACCGCCGAAAACCCUAACCCCAAUCCACCUCCGAAUCCGAAUCACAACCCCAACCUCAAUCCGAACCCCGCCGUCGUGACACCGCCGCCUCCAUCCGUUCCGGUCUUGGCCCCGUCGUUCCGGCCCCUGGGCGCCCCCCCGGCCCCCCCGUACUCCAUCCCGAAUCCCAGCUACCACGGCCCGAUGGCCCAAAAUCCGGGCAUCCAACCUCCGGGGGUCUCGGGGCCGGUAUCGAUCGUGCUUCCCGGGGCGGCGAGCGGCGCCGGAGCUGUGACAGUCUCCGUUUCGCCGGUGCAGCCUGGCGGCGCGUACUCGGUCCCCCACGGCCAGCCCCUCCAAUCUGCUCCGAUGCCUUAUGGGCAGGUUCACAAUGGAUAUAUGGGAGUUCCCGCUCCUUCUCCACAGGCUCCGGCAGCGAUUCCUCCACCUGGGGUGCCCCGUUAUCCUGCGCCAUACACGGCUAUGAUUCAUCCUGGCUUUCCUCCCCGCCCAAUUCCACCAGUUGGUGUGUUACCCCAACUUCCACGGCCUCCUGUUCCGGGAAUUCGUGGUGUUCCUCCUAUUGUUACCCCCAUGGUUAGGCCAGUUGUCCCAAUUGUUCCACCAACAGAAAAGCCACAAACCACAGUUUAUAUUGGCAAGAUUGCACCUACAGUAGACAAUGAGUUUCUGCUGUCUGUUCUUCGGCUUUGUGGGCCAGUGAAGAAUUUGAAACGUGCUCAAGAUCCCUCUGAUGGGACUCCUAAGGGCUUUGGGUUUUGUGAAUUUGAGUCUGCUGAAGGGGUUCUUCGAGCAUUGCGCUUGCUGAGUAAACUGAACAUUGAUGGACAGGAGUUGAUGCUAAAAGUUACGGAAGCAACCAGGAAAUACCUUGAACUUUAUGUUGAAAAGAAAACUGAAAGAGAAAAGCUCAAAGAAACUGAAAAUGGAGCUGUUGAUAAAGACAGUGAAAGUGCAGGAGGUGUUGAAAAGCAAGAGCCUCCAAAGCCAGUUGUAGAAGAAAAGGAAAAGGAUUCAGAAGAUUCCAUGGACAAAGAAAAUCAAGAGAACACUGAAAAAUUUGGUAUUGUUACAGAUGAAGAUCGUGAGGCUGAUAGGGAUGCUCUGGAGAAACUGACAAAUAUGAUAGAGGAAAGAUUAAAAACUAAACCUCUGCCUCCUCCACCACCACCAGCACAGACCCCUGCUGAUGGUUCCGCUAAAUCAAACUCUGAAGUUCAUUCAAAAUCUAGGGAUGGGGAUUCAGAUGUGGAUAUUAUGAAAAGCGAUGCUGCUGAAGAUAAGAAUGAUGAUGAGACAAGUAGUGAAAAUAAGCCAGCAACUGAUCAUGAAAAGCCCGAGGCUGGCUCACCUGAUAAGAGCAGGAAGCAUGACAGUAAGAGCAAAGAUCGAGAAAGGGAGCGUGAUUUGAAACGGGAGAAGGAAAGGGAACUGGAGAGAUAUGAGCGUGAACGAGAGCGCGAGAGAGUUAGGAGGGAGAGGGAAAGAGAGUUGAAAUUGAGAGAGGCUGAGCGGUUGUAUAAAGAACGUCUUAAGGAGUGGGAAGGUAGAGAAAGAGAGAAAGAGUACCAGCGGCAGCAUGAGAAGGAAAGGGAGAAAGAUAAAGAACGGGAACGCCGCAGAGAGAUCCUGAAGCAGGAAGAUGACAGCGAUGAUGAUGAUUUAAGGAAAAGAAGGCGUAGGAGUAGUGCGCUUGAGGAGAAGAGGAGAAAGAGACAGAGGGAGAAGGAGGAUGACUUGGCUGAUAGAUUAAAAGAAGAAGAAGAAAUCGCUGAAGCAAAGAGGAGGGCAAUUGAAGAGCAGCCAUCUAAAAAUGACUCAAAGUCCCCUAGUGAUAUGAUUAUUGAGAGUGAAAAACAUGUAAUGCAAGAAGAAGGAAAAACUGUUGAAGGUACACAAAUUGCUCCAGAGCUGGCUUAUGAAAGUGUUUCUGGUAAUGGUGACACCCCUGGUGAUGGAAUCUGCAGAAAUGGCAGUAGUGAUGAACUUACCAUGGGACCGGCUGCAACAGCUGAAGUGAAGCAGAAUAACAAUGCUCCAACUAGGAAGCUAGGGUUUGGUCUUAUAGGUUCAGGAAAACGAACAACUGUACCUUCUGUUUUUCAUGAAGAGGAUGAUGAAGAUGUGGAUGAUAAAAAGAUGAGACCACUUGUGCCUAUCGAUUAUUCUACGGAGGAACUGCAGGCUGUCCAGAAUAAUGCUUCUGGGGCACCAGCAAAUCUGGUGGCUGCUGCUGAAUUUGCCAAGCGCAUCUCUACCACUAAUCCUAAAGAAGAGAGAGCUGAGAUGGAAAAGGAUAGAAGUAGAAAAUCUAAUGACAGAUUUAGUCAGAGAGAGCGAGAUAGAAAUGACGAGGAGAGUAUCCGUGGCAGGGAUGAGAGCAAGAAGAUGCAUGAUCAGGAAAGGGAUCGAGAUGAUAAGUUGAGAACAGAAAACAAGAAGCUUUUGGAUGCAAAACAAUUGAUUGACAUGAUCCCAAAGACUAAAGAAGAACUCUUUAUUUAUGAAAUUAAUUGGGAUAUAUAUGACAAGCACGAGUUGCAUGAGAGAAUGAGACCAUGGAUUUCAAAGAAAAUAACUGAAUUUCUUGGAGAGGAGGAAGCAACAUUGGUGGACUACAUUGUAUCCUGUACCAAAGAUCACAUGCGGGCUUCAAAAUUGCUAGAACUGCUUUCAUCUAUCUUGGAUGACGAGGCUGAAAUGUUUGUCCUCAAGAUGUGGAGGAUGUUAAUUUUUGAGAUCAAGAAAGUUGAGACAGGUCUACAGGUGAAACCAAGGGCCUGACUGCAAGGUUACAUUUCCUUUCUUGUCUUUAAGUCCUUAUCUGUUUGAUGCAUUGUUUUACUUUGUCGAAGUUACUGUUAUAGUAUUGGAGAGAACAGGAACUGUAAACAGCCAUUUUUUUUACCAAGUGCUUGUGUAUGUGGUACUGAUCAAUCUCUAGCUAUCGUAUCCCAGCAUUUUUGCCUGAUUGGUGAAGGAUUCGCAUUGGUUCUCUAGUUCCUUUGACCUGCAAUUCUCCUUAUUGCCUCAGAGAUGAUCAUGGAGGGACUUUUAGUACAUUUGAAGUUCAAUUUUUGCGGUGUUUGUGAAUAAGAAGAGCGCUCUCUUGUGACAGGACAAAUCUAAGCGAUACUGAUAGGUAUUCCAUCAACUGCGCUUGCUUCAUUCAAUUCUUCCAAUAUAUUAUGUACUCAGUAGCACCAUCAAACAGUUUGACGGUAUGUUAUCCAGGCCUUAUUUAUUUCAAGGUUGUCAUGCAGAUGGCAAACUUCUGAAGUCCGAAUCCAAUAGGUUUGUUUAGGGUCAUAUUGACCAAAUUGUGUAUUAUCUAUUCUGUGAUAUGGAGUGAGAAGCCUUAUUCACAGUCACACAGAUAAUAUUACAGAUUGUACAGCUGCCCAUAUCUAGGUAAUCUUGGGGGGAGAUGAAUCAUAAUGCUUCUGAUCUGUUUCCUAAAUAGAACUAGAUUGUUUCUGUUGUAAUUUAUUGUUUUGCUCAAAUGAUCAAACAGUGUUAUAUGGACAUAUUCCUUGCACGUAGAGGACUUGCUGAUCAACUCUGGUAUUAUAUUCUAUGUAUGCCUAUUUGUAAUUGCAGUUUGAGCACUUGCUAGUCCAUCAGUUAUUGCAUGGAUAUUUGCAAGUCCAA